ACCCUGGUCAGCCUCCCCUGGAUACGGUCUUGUUUGAAUGCCUAAUUUUCUCAGCAUAUAAAUGGUCUGAUUUGAGCAUCCCGACAUCAGUACAAAAAAAGUAGUAAAACUGUUAAUUGUGAUAAGUCUUACUUUCUGAUUUCACUAGUAUAAUUUUAUAUACCACCACGAUGAAGUUCUUAUUCCUAACUUUUCUGGCACUUUCUGUCGAUCUCUCCGAAUGUGAUUCAAACAAAAUUGAUACAAAAUUGGACUUGGAAGCUUGGUUCGGUAUAACGGAUACGGAAUUGAAUGCAGAAUGUUCUAAAGCUGACGUGCAUACUAGGUUGGCUAAUGCGCGUGUAGAUACUAACAAAAUUCAUAAAAUUAUUGGAGGUAUACCGAAAGAAGUACUACGUCAUACAAAAUUUACUGAUAAGGAAUUUCUACCACGUGCUAAAAACCAAUGUAUGACUAAUACACAAAUCGACCCGCUGAUAACAAGUGCCGCCAAUAAAGCCUUACCAUGUGCGAAGAAAGAGAAACUGGAUCAGAUUAACAAGACUGCUAAAUCUAAAAUUUGUAAUUACACAAGAGCCAGGAAAUAAAAUUAUGGAUGGUAAAAAGAGUUUCAAGAGAACGGACGGAUAAUAUAUACGACGACUUCUGAUGUUUCUGCAAUCUGAUUAUAAUCUUUUAUUAUUAAAACCAAUUAUUAUUAUAAUCAAUUAUUAUUACUAUUUAUUAUUAUACCAAACUAUUAUUGUCACUAAUUAGCAAUUAGUGGUCCACGACGUUACUAGAUGAUCGUUUAUCUUGUUGGAUUUGGUUCGAAUUU